AAGAAGGGUCUGCAUUAGACUCACCAUGCUAAUCAAUUUAAUCCUGUACAAGAAUCUGGUUAUAUUGCACAAUCCUUUCACCACACCACAUAUAAAAUCAAAUAUUAAACAUAUUGCAACUCAUUUUCUUAUACAUAAAAGUACUAUUUAUACAACAUUCAUAGACCUAUUUGUUUUGUGCAACAAUUAACAAGUACUAUUUAUACACCAUUCAUAGAACUACUUAGUAUUGCUACUAGUCUAUUGUAUGAUAGUGCCAUGUUUAACUAACUUUGGUGGAACUUGAUUUGAUUUCAUACAUUCGCCUAUCAGGUACUCGACGAUAAAAAAACAAAAAGAGAAGCUCACAUCAAUGAUGUCCAAAAUUAUAGUCACUGUCAUCAUCACUAAGAUUAUCAUUGAUGGAAAAAUCCAACCUUGCAGAAGUUUGUUUAGCCCAUUUAACUAUCUUUUCUGCUUCUUUAUUAAUCUUCUCUUCUUCUUUCUUUGCAAUCUUCAUCAAAUCCUUCUGCUUCUUUGCCGAAAAUGACCUCAAAUCACUCAAUAUUUCAUCAUGUUUUUCCCCAAUCAUCACCCAACUCAAACGCCCUGUUUCGAGUACUACCACCACUAUCACUCUUCUUCCUCGAAACCCGUUUCGGAGAACACCAAAAACAACCCGUUUUCACAGAUUUUGUUGAAGUUUUCAACCCGGAAUUCGAUGACCCUGAUGAAAAGUUUCCAUCUUUACCCUUUUUAACACCCUGUUUUCCCCUGUAAUUGGGAGAAUUCAAGUACCCAGAUGAGGAAUUCGAUGACCCAGAAGAAGAUAAAUACCCAGAACCAGAUUUUCUGUCAGAUUUCUUUUCCUUUUCUGGCUUAGGAUUCAAAUGGCUUAGGAUUCAUAGAAAGCAUCUAACCCGACGACCCUUUUAUAACUGAAUUGACAGUCAAAAUUGUCACCCCUACCUAUUGUGAGUCUUCUCAACUUCUCAGAAGAAUAAACUCCUUUACAGUCUACACUAGUUGGACACCUGAUCCAAUAAUAGUUCCAACAUUCGAGAAUUUAAUUCCUUUUUUCUUUUUCUUUUAUUCAUUUUUAUUUCUAAAAAAUUUAUUAUUCCUGACCAAUUAUAUUCUCAAUAAUAAAUUCCAAUACCACUCCACUCCCAAUAAUAAUUCUUCACUUUUUUCAACCUUUUUCCUCCGCAAUCCCAAUUCCCAACUUCUAUUAAAAAAUGCCUUAUUCAAGUUCAAACCUUUUUCUAAUUUUUAAGGAGAGAAGUCUUAUGCUAUAAAUUUAUUUCCACUUUAAAUGAUUUACACUUGAAAUUAAAAGAGUAUAAAUCAAAAGGGUGUUUUUUUUUUUUUUUUUUUUUUUUUUGGGAGAGAUUGAAUGGAAGCCAUUAAAAGGCAAGCUAACAAGCUCAAAGAUCAAGUUUCUAAGCAACAACAGGCUCUUCUAAGACAGUUCGGGCACUUUGGUACCGAAGCUUUUGUAGUAAAUGAAGCAGAGAUUGCAUGCCGUGACCAACUGCACAAGUUAUAUGCAUCUACGCGAGAAGCCAAGCAUUUUGAAAAGAGCUUAGUGCAUGGCAUAGAAGGGAUUACAUCAGUUACUUCAAAGCAAAUUGAAAUAGAAAGAAAAUUUGCUCAAGACUGUUGCAGAUAUGGAGCAGAAAGCCAUUGUAGCACAUCUCCUUUGACAGAAGCUGCAGCGCGUGUUGGUACCUCUCACAGUUCAAUGGUAGAAGAGAAGGAGACCAUGCUAGCAAUAUUUGAUGAAAAGGUCUGUAAGUCAUUGCAAGCACUGGUAAGAAGUGCUGAGCUUGAGGAUGCUCGGCUUCUUGUACGUCGAUAUGACAAGUUAUGGCAGGAAGUGGAAGCUCAGGCAGCUGAUGUACUAAGACUGAGGUCAAAGUCCACUGAGGGAUCAAAAUCUGAGGAAAACUCCAUCAAACUUGAGAAUGCAGAGGAAAAGUUGGAUUAUCUUAAAUCUAGAUUGAUGGCACUUGGAAAGGAAGCAACAUCUGCAAUGCUGUCAGUCGAGGCACAUCAGCAAAAGAUGACUUUCCAUCAGCUUGUUGUUAUGCUGAAUGCUGAAAGAUCUUACCAUCGCAAUGUUCUUGCUAUGUUGGAAAAGGUUCUUCCUGAGAUUAUUCAACUGGAACAAUUGUGCGAGUCAUCACUGCCAGAAGAUGCUACAGAGAGCCAUUCAAAUGGAAGCAAGGAGCAUUACAUAGAACAAGAAGAUGAUGCAUGCUAUGUUGCAAAAGUUGUACACCCAUUCGAUGCUCAAGCUGAAGGGGAGUUAAGUCUACUAGCUGGUGAUAUUGUCGUGGUGCAGCAGGUGAUUCCCGGUGGCUGGUCCAAAGGUGAAUGCAAUGGUAAGACAGGAUGGUUUCCUACCCCUUACGUACAAAGGUUGGAUGAAGUUUCAGAAGGCAACGUAUCCUGGGCAAACCUUUAGCAGCCAUAGUUCCUAGUUACCACUUAAUUUUUGCUGUAAAAUAAGUUAUAUAGCUUAUUGUUUUUUAUACAAUAUUCACCAUCUUUUAUAGAAGGGAUCACAAUAUUCGAGGAGAAACUGUACAAAAUCAUGGGUUUUAAGUUUUGAUGUUGUCUAAACAUUGUGUAGCACAGUCUAUGUACCAAGAAACAAGUAAUUGGAAUGAUGUAUAGUACACACCGAUGGUAUAUAAUUAUAAAUUUAGGGGCCAACAUCUGAAAGAUGUACUGACAAAAUUAGGUGUAUUUAAUCAUACAUAUGAGUUUUUCGCUUGGUUGAGCUUACGGCUU